UUCGAGGCACUUGCUGCUCUCUUCCUCGUAACUCAAAUCAUCAUUAUCUUCCCAUUGUGAUGCGAUGUACUUAGCGGCUUCCUCUUCCUGCUAUUCUCGUCCAGCGAAGAGUCUCUUGGUAAUGUUCUUGAAAUCCCGAGCUUUAUCAGUAACCACCACACAGAGUCCUCCUGAUCUCUUCUCCCUUUUACAUCAUUCCCCAAACGCUAAGCAUCUACGCCAUCUCCACGCUCAUCUUCUUCGUACCUCUACCUAUUCCGACGUCGUGCUCUGUUCCAAGCUCGUUCUCGCUUACUCCAAGCUGAAUCGUAUCUUUCUUCCCACUUCGCUUUCUGUCUUCUGGCACAUGCCUUGCCGCAACAUUUUCUCGUGGAAUAUAAUCAUCGGCGAGUUCUCAAGAUCGGGUUUUGCGUCGGUUUCGAUCGGAUUGUUUCUUCGUAUGUGGCGAGAGUCCAGCGUUAGACCAGAUGAUUUCACGCUGCCUCUUGUUCUACGAGCUUGCUCUGCUUCACGGGAAGAGAAGCUCGGGGAUUUGAUUCAUGUUCUGUGUUUAAAACUUGGGUUUAACGCUAGUUUAUUUGUUAGUUCGGCUUUAGUGAUUAUGUAUGUUGAUAUGGGGAAAAUUUUAUACGCACGUAAGUUGUUCGACGAUAUGCCUGUUAGAGACUCUGUUCUUUAUACUGCUAUGUUUGGUGGGUAUGUUCAGCUAGGAGAAGCUAUCUUGGGUUUGGCUGUGUUCAGGGAAAUGAUGUGUUCUGGGUUUGCGCUGGAUUCAGUGGUGAUGGUGAGUUUACUUACGGCUUGUGGACAACUUGGGGCGUUGAAGCAUGGCAAGAGCGUCCAUGGGUGGAGUAUUCGAAGAUGCUCUUGCUUCGGCUUGAAUCUCGGCAAUGCCAUAACAGAUAUGUAUGUAAAGUGUUCAAAUCUGGACUAUGCACACGGAGUGUUUGUAAAGAUGCCGAAUCGAGAUGUGAUCUCUUGGAGCUCUCUUAUUUUGGGUUAUGGCUUGGACGGGAACGUCGUAAUGGCUAUAAAUCUCUUUGAAGAGAUGCUCAAGGAAAUGAUUGAACCUAAUGCUGUCACUUUCCUUGGUGUCUUAUCAGCUUGUGCCCAUGGAGGUCUUGUGGAAAAGUCUUGGCUGUAUCUCAGACUAAUGCAGGAAUAUAAAAUAGUUCCUGAGCUGAAACACUAUGCUAGUGUGGCGGAUUGUAUGUCUCGAGCAGGUCUUCUGGAGGAAGCAGAGAAGUUUCUGGAAUAUAUGCCUGUGGAACCUGAUGAGGCUGUUUUGGGUGCGGUGUUAAGUGGGUGCAAGGUGCAUGGAAAUGUAGAAGUUGGGGAAAGAGUGGCGAAGAAGCUAAUUCAACUUGAGCCUGGAAAAGCUGGCUACUAUGUAACGUUGGCCGGUCUGUAUACAUCUACAGGUCGGUUUGAUGAAGCUGAGAGUCUGAGGGAGUGGAUGAAGGAGAAGCAGAUUUCUAAGGUUCCCGGGUGUAGCUCAAUAUGAAAGAUGGGAUGCAGAUUUCUGCGUUUUCUGGUUGUGCGUGUGAAAGAUUACCAGAAUGGUAAAGAUCUAAACCUCACCAAAAGCUGUUGAACUACAGCUAGAUUUUCGUAAUGAGGCUGCUAACUCAUACAUGAAAAGUUGUGGAAAAUUACAUGACACUUAUUCUAAGCGCAUAGAAAAGUAUAGCAAGAUUGACUUUUACAAGCGAAAGUUUUAAUUGUUAAAGAGCUAAGAAGAGCUUUUUUGGUA